AGCCUUUCGUUCACACCACCCAAUGAUAGCAAGGCUUUGAGGGUACCACGCACACGCUAUCUCUCUCUCCUCCUCUCCCCGCCCUCCUCCUACUCGUCGUUCCAGAACUCCUCGCGGCUUUAUUUUGUAAUAAGAUGGCGGAGGACGGAGUGAACCCGAAGGCCUACCCUCUCACUGGACCCGACCUCACCGUCACCAUCUUGGACCUCAUCCAGCAGGCGUCCAACUACAAGCAGCUCAAGAAGGGUGCCAACGAGGCUACCAAGACCCUGAACCGCGGCAUCUCCGAGUUCAUCGUCAUGGCAGCCGACGCGGAGCCGCUGGAGAUCCUCCUGCACCUCCCUUUGCUGUGCGAGGACAAGAACGUGCCGUACGUGUUUGUCCCGUCGAAGGUGGCUCUCGGACGGGCAUGCGGUGUCUCUCGCCCCGUGGUGGCUUGCUCCGUCACCACCAACGAGGCUUCCCAGCUCAAGAGCCAGAUCAUCACGCUCAAGGACCAGAUCGAGCAGUUGCUCAUCUAGGCUGUAUGGACCAUCUGGGGGGGGAAACAGGAUUAGGUGCUGGGGGGGAGGAACGUCGGCGUCACCUGUGGCCGUGCAACACUCCAGAGGGAAAAGCAUGCUGUGCGUUUUGAAGGGAAUAGUCUCCCGUCCCCCCUCGUCUGCGCCUGCGCUGUUGUACUGUCCUCCUCUCAGGCCCACGUCCCCUGUUGGUGGUUGUACCCGUAGUCCCGUUCAGAGCUGAGGGCGGCGUUUGGUAUUAGGUUGUUUAGGAGAUGCAGGGGCAAGUCGGACGACGGAUUGGGGCGUGGGGGGUAACAAGGCGCGCGUUUGUUUUUGCGUCGAGCGCUCGAGGGAGGAGUGAUUCACGGCACCCAGGAGAAAUAGGCGGGGAGUUCUCGUUGCCUGUUUUGUUGUUGCUCU